AUCAGCACUCACCAUAUACAUAUUGUUCUCCUACCUACGUGAACACUACAAUGGCAACCGCUAGGUCAUUUCUCCUGAUCCCGGUCACUCUCUGCUUCCUCCUCGUGCUGGCAGCAGCCGUUGAGCAGCAGGGCAAGGCGACCACCACCCUCCUCCUCAUCCAUGGCAAAGCGCUAUGCAAGAGCAACCCCUCCAGGAUCAUCAGCAACGCUCACGUGCAGUUGGUUAUCAACAACACCACUGUCUCCGGCGGCGCCGGCAAAACGACGAGCGACGGCCACAUCCUCAUCACCGUGAAACUGAACUCAGAGCAGCUGGCCGCCGUGAUGAGCAACAGCAGCAGCAGCAGCAAGGCGUACGUCACCGCUCCUCCGCACGCCUGCGGCGCGCCAAGUCUCCCCGCCGGGAAGGUGGUAGCGGCGGAGGUCAAGCCGAUCGCUACGAUCACUGUCAGCGACCAUGACGACGCUGGCAGCGUGCAGAGGCCGACCAUUGCCGCCAUACAUACGGCUGGGUCCAUCCUUUUAGCUGCAGUCGACGAAUUCGCCUGCGUGGCGAUUACUGGGGGGCUAUUAGGCGGAUCUCUCAUCGGUUAGAACCAUUUGAUGUGCAAUUCGAUCGUUUAUAUAUGUAUAAUACGCCAUCAGCCUCUUUCCAUGACACGUACUGUUGGGCCUGAGCGUAUACAGACUAGCUUUGGUGGCGUAGAUGAUAAAAAUUGGGUGUCACAUAAUGGUACCGAUGAAAACUAUCUACUAUAUCGUAAUAAUAAAAUCAGAUAUAUCUGUUACCUACGCAUGGGCGCAUGGCCUGUAUGAACAUGUAUGCUCCCAAUAUGAUAAUAUCGGGGAUAUGGAGUAUUUAAAAAAAUGUGUUUAAAAUUUUGUAUCA